AUGGCCAAAGAGAAUAGUGUUGUAUCUCAGUUUCCCAACAAUUCACAAGUGCAGGGUGAAAAUUUUGAUCAUCAAAAUCUUGUAACAUUAGUAGCAGAUAAAAGAAAGGUGGAGAAUACCGAAGGACUUGAGGGCACAUUUUCUGCGUUUCCUGGAUGGUAUGCUGAUGAAUCUUGGCCAGGAGCAGCACACAUAUACAAGAUGGAAAAGGUCAUAUUCCAAGGGAAAUCAGAAUUUCAAGAUAUCCUUGUAUUUGAGUCAUCAAGACAUGGCAAGGUUGCAAUUCUGGAUGGGUAUAUCCAGCUGACAGAGAAUGAUGAAUUUGCUUACCAAGAGAUGCUCACUCACCUUGCACUUUGUUCCAUUCCAAAUCCAAAGAAGGUGCUGCUAGUUGGAGGAGGAGAUGGUGGAAUUCUUAGAGAGAUAUCUCGCCAUUCUUCUGUUGAGCAUAUUGAUAUAUGUGAAAUAGACAAAAUGGUGAUUGAUGUUUAUAAGAUGUUUUUCCCGGAUAUAGCAGUUGGUUACCAGGAUCCUCGAGUGCAUGUUCAUAUCACUGAUGGAAUUGCCUUCAUCAAUUCUGCUACUGAGGGCACUUAUGAUGCUAUUAUAUUGGAUGCUUUCAACCCAAUGGGACCUAUUGCAGAAGUGCUUGCAGAUAACUGCUUCUUGGAGUCAGUAGCAAAGGCUCUUCGACCCGGUGGAGUGCUGUCUGCUCCAGCAGAAAGCUUGUGGCAUGAGAACUUUAUCAUUGCAGAUACCAUAGCAGAUUGCAAGAAGAUAUUCAAGGGCUCCGUCAACUAUGCUUGGACCACAGUUCCUACAUAUGCAAGUGGUGUAAUUGGAUUUAUGCUUUGCUCAACGGAGGGUCCCCCAGUCAACUUCAAACACCCAAUAAAUCCACUGAAUCCAGAGCACAAUGGGGUAGCAAAGGGACCUCCCAAGUUUUAUAACCCAGAGAUCCAUGCUGCUGCAUUCUGUCUGCCUUCUUUUGUGGAGAAGGUUAUUGAUCCAAAAAAGACAUUGACAAAGAACUCUGAGUAGUGUUUAGGAAUUUCUGUUAAACUUUGUAUUCACAAAGAACUCUGAGUAUU